CUGGACAGUAGAUUAUCACGUGACUUUUGAUGUUGUUCAAGAUGGCGUGGGAUUGUAAUAAGUAAACAGUUUAUAUCCGCUUUAUAUUUGGAAUACUGACUAAAGUUUGUACAUAUUUAUAAUUAUAUUAAAUGGUUAUUGUUAUACACAUCUUCGAAUCCUGAUCUAGGAUAUUCAAUAUGAAACAUGGUCCUUCUUUGAGCCGGAUUGAAACGGAUUGAAAUUUGAUAUUUUGAGAACACUUCAAGAAAUACGAGCCAAUUUACGAGUUAUUUGAGAGAAUUUACGAGUCCUUCGGGAGAAUCUACGAGUCCUUUGGGAGAAUCUACGAACAUAUGAGAUAAUUAACGAGCUUCGAAAGAAUUUACGAACGAUUGAGUGAAAUAUUUACGAGAAUUUGAGCAAUAUACGAGUCAUAUAAAGCGAACAUCGAGACAUUGGCAAAUCUACGAGUAUCUGAGUAAGUCUAUACGAUUAUUUGAGCGAAUUUACGAGAUUUUAUUACACCUACAAGUAUUUGGAAUCAUUAUAUACGAGCUUUAAAGAGAAAUAAACGAGAAAUUGCGCCUUAGAACAAUAUACAGUAACUGUGAACCAAAGGGAUUAUUAUAAGGUAUUUAUAUACAUUUUGAGAAGUUAGAUAAAGAGUAUACACGUAUCCGAGAGUGUAACAUUGUUAUUAUGAGUGAAGAAGCAACAAAGAAACGUAAGAUUCGGGGUGGACAUAGAACCUCAACUAAGAGAACAAUAAAUGCUUCAUCAACAAUUCUUGACGAUUUUGAUCCUUCAAAUAAACAACUUACCGAGAAGUUAUUACAACAAAAGAUUACAUUAAAGGAAAAACUAGACAUUCUGCAAAAUUUAGACAAUGAUAUACUAGCUAUUACUGAGGAGAAAGAUAUUGAAAAGGAGAUUGAAGAAAGUGAUCUUUUAAGAGAGAGAAUACAUGCUACAAUUGUCAGAAUUGAUUCUGUAGUGAGCCCUAUGAGCCUACCUCCAUCACCAAGUCCAGAAGGAACUCAAGAAGAAGGGAAUUCUCAUAAUUCUAGUAUUAUAAGUCAUUCGUCGGCCAAGAUAAAGCUACCAAAAUUGAGUUUAAAGAAGUUUAAGGGAGAUAUUAAGGAGUGGACUCCAUUUUGGGACAGUUAUACUUCAGCUAUUCAUGACAAUCCUGACCUAAGUGAUAUUGAUAAAUUUAACUAUUUGAACUCCCUACUUGAAUCAAAGGCAGAAGAAGCAAUUGCUGGGUUAAAGAUUACAUCAGCAAACUAUCAGGAAGCAGUUGACGUGUUAAACCAGAGAUUUGGCGACAAGCAACAGAUUAUUAAUUCACAUAUGGACAGCCUUCUUCAACUACCUGCAGUAACAAGCCUUCAUGAUGUUCAAAGUAUUAGACAGCUUUACAACAAGGUUGAAUCGCAUAUCAGAGGUCUCAAGUCUUUGGGAGUAGAGACUGCGACAUAUGGUAAUCUAAUGAUCUCAAUAUUGAUGCAACGGCUGCCACCGGGUUUACGUAUUAUUGUAACAAAGAAGAUGCAAGAGGAUGAAUGGUCUUUGGAUAAACUUAUGACAAUCUUUCGACAGGAAUUAGAGGCUAGAGAAAGAGCAAAUCUGCAGUGUUUACCUCCAUCAAAGUCCAGUUAUCAACGAAAUAAACCGGGAACAGCUGCUACUCUUUUCACGGGACUGCAUGACACUACCUGUUCUUAUUGUCAAGGAAAGCACUUAUCUGCAAACUGUAAGACAGUGACCAAUGUGGCUGCAAGGAGAGAUAUUCUGAAACGAAGUGGACGGUGUUUUGUAUGUUUAAGGAAAAACCAUAUUAGUAGGGAAUGCCAAUCGAACAUAAAAUGUUUUAAAUGUGGUAGACGACAUCAUGGAAGUCUGUGCAUGGGCGGCCAACCUCGACAACAACACCCUAACCCUAAUUCUGACCCACCAACCAACCAGCAAGAACCUCGGCAUCCACGUCAGCCCACAACAGAGACUGAGAAAAGCGACGAAACCGGAAUUGGUGGCAAGAACUUACCAGCACAACCGAACAGAGAAAGAGAACAACAACAGCAACAAGCUACCACAAGUCAAGCCAUGUAUGUUGGCACAAGAACAUCCAUCUUGUUGCAGACAGCGAAGGUCAACAUAUACAAGCCCGGAACGCAGGAAAACAGAGUAAAUGCUCGACUUAUACUGGAUAGUGGGAGCCAACGUUCUUUCGUGACAACCAGAGUGAAGAAUCAAUUAAACCUUGAUGCAGAAGGGACAGAAAACCUCAUGAUUAAGACAUUCGGAGGCGAAGCAGAGGAACUACAAACAUGUGAAUUUCUGCACUUCAACAUUGAGACAGAAUCUACUUAUCCCGAUCUUUCACUUACAGCAUUUGUAGUACCCACAAUUUGUCAACCCCUCAGACACCAAACAACCCAAACGGCACAAGAAAUUUACCAUCAUCUCGAAGGUCUUAAUCUUGCAGAUCUUAAUACUGGCGAAGAAGAGUUAGAAGUUGAUAUUUUGGUGGGAUCUGAUCAAUAUUGGAAUUUAAUAACUGGAGCAGUUAGACGGGGAGAUUCUGGACCCAACGCAAUGAGAACAAAGGUCGGCUGGGUUCUAUCUGGUCCUAUAACAGAUCCUGUGAGUGAGAAAACCAGUGUUAACUUGGUGAACACGCAUGUUCUGAAGUUUGCAACACAACCAUUGAACCCUGAUGCAACAGAUAUGACACAAGAAUUACGAAGAUUCUGGAAACUAGAAUCAUUAGGUGUUUUCCCCAAUGACAAGUCAGUCUAUGAGAAAUUCACACAAUCGAUCAAGCUGAAAGAUAAACGGUAUGAAGUGGAAUUGCCAUGGAAGGAAUCCCAUCCUGUUCUUCCUGACAACCACCAACUGAGCGAAAAACGGUUGAAGCAUCUACUAACACGAUUGAGAAAGGAUCCAGAGAUACUGCAAGAGUAUGACAAUGUCAUAAAGGAGCAACUAAAGGAAGGAAUUGUGGAAGUGGUCGAUGAGCAACACCCUGGAGAAAUUGGUAAAGUCCAUUACCUUCCGCACCACGCAGUAAUACGAAGAGACAAAUCCACAACGAAGAUGAGAAUUGUAUAUGAUGCCUCGGCAAAGGACAAUGGCCCAUCUUUGAACGACUGUCUAUAUACAGGUCCUGCAUUGGCACAGAACAUACUUGAUAUUCUUCUUCGGUUCCGUUGUCACAAGGUCGCUUCGUCGUUCCGUUGUCGAGAAGGCCUUUCUUAUGCUGCAGAUCCAAGAAUCCAAUCGAGAUGUCCUACGUUUUUUAUGGGUGGACGACAUUAAAAAUCCCAACCCAAAGAUUACAACGCUACGGUUUACAAGAGUGGUAUUUGGAGUGUCCUCAAGUCCUUUCCUCUUGAACGCAACAGUUAAGCACCAUAUGGAACAAUAUGCCCCGGCGUAGAUAAUCCAGCAGACAUCCCAACUCGAAGCAUUAAGUGUUCAGAACUCGGACAGUGUGAACUCUGGCGAAAUGGACCCCCAUGGCUGUCAGAAAAAUUGCAACCUAACGACGAAUUGAUAGACGAGCCUUCACCUUCGGAAGAAUGUUUACGAGAGCUUAAGAAGAAGCCACACCAUUCACCAACUGCGCUGUUAACCGAAGCGACAGGUCAAGGUAUAAAGGAAUUAAUGAACAUUGCAACAUUCUCUAAUUACCAUCGGCUUCUAAGAGUUACGGUGUAUGUACUAAGAUUUGUUCGAAAAUUGAAGGCCACAGAGAAACGAAGAGAAUUGAUACGAAACGAACAGUUAUAA